GCUAGAGGAUAGGGCUGUCCUUGCAGGCAAUAAAGGCAGCCUGGACCUUUAAAAGCAGCAGCUCCAGGAACAACUCUUCCUGGGAACUUUGGAGCAAACCAGGGCAGCAAGGCUGAGCUCGCUGGCAGAGAGGUAAGCAAAAUGAACAUUCAAGAGUAUUUUGCAAGGAUUUCUUACAAUGAGUCCCAUAAGGAUGCAGACUUGCAAACCUUAACAGUCAUUUUCCAGCAUCACAUCCGGGCAAUUCCUUUCGAAAACCUCAGCAUGCAUUGUGGGGAGACCGUCGAACUGGAUUUACAAGCUAUUUACAAUAAGAUUGUGAGAAAGAAACGUGGUGGAUGGUGCCUGGAAACCAAUUACCUUUUAUUCUGGGCCUUGGAAGAACUAGGGUUUGAUGUCUGUAUUCUCGGAGGAAAUAGUUACGAACCAGCAGAGAGAGCAUAUACUGCUGAGAUAAAUCAUAUCCUACUGAAGGUGGUGAUCAAGGGAAACUCCUACAUAGUAGAUGCUGGUUUUGGUGGUGCCUACCAGUCAUGGCAGCCCUUGAUACUGAUUUCCGGGAAAGAUCAGCCCCAGACCCCUGGCAUCUUCCGCUUCACUGAAGACAAUGGCACCUGGUACUUUGAGAAAGUCAAAAGGAAGCAUUAUAUUCCUGAGCAAAGUGAGCCUGCCACUGGUACUCCAGAACCAGGAAAUAUCAGAAAAAUGUAUACAUUCACGCUUCAGCCACGAGAUAUAAAUGACUUUCAGGAGCUAAACACUAAUCUACAAGUGUCUCUAGAUAACAUACUUCGGAAGAAGUCAAUCUGCAGUCUCCAGACCCCUGAAGGGGUUUAUGCCUUAGUUGGAUGGACCUUCACUGAGGUGAAGUAUAACUACAUGGAGGAUAUGGACCUGGUGCAGAUCACAACUCAUACAGAUGAAGAGGUUGACAAGAUACUGAAAGACAAAUUCAGUAUAGUGCUGGAGAACAAACUCGCACCAGUAAAUGUUCGUGGCUUGCCACCUAAUUUAGUGGAUACAAUUUAAUCCUAAUGCUGUUCUAGAUGGAUCUUUAUGUAGCCAAUAUAAAAAGUUCCAAAUUAACAUUAAUGGCGUUUAAUCUGAUUCUAAAGUUGAGCUAGUCAGGUGGACACAAAGCUUGGUAAAUUCAAGUAUAUUGCUAAUUAACUGCAUACACAAAUCGCAUGUUUUAUCUUAAGCUACUCCUUUAGAAACUGAGAUACCUUACUACCUCUAAUUUUCCCAUAUGGAAAUAGACUUUUGACUCCGUAACAUUUUGUUCCACCUCUCUGGAUUUGCUUUUAUUUCAGACGUGUUUUGUGGCAAAGAAAACCGAAACGAUACAGAAGGAACAGCUGUGUUACCAUUUUACACAAAAGACCUCUAAUCUUUUCUUGGUAUUAUUUCCAAUCUUCUUCUCAGCAGAGUUUUAAGAAUUGUUCACUUCCUUUAAUAGGCUGAAAUGAAACUUGAGCUGAAUUUGGCUUUCAGAGACUUCAUAAAAAAAAAAAAAGAAGGAUUAAGACCUUCUCAAAACAAGCCACUAUUAGGUGCUGAUUAGCUUGUGAUGAAAUAAGUUGAAAGACUUGAGUCCUAUUCCCUUACCAGAAAUUGACUUAAAGUGAGCUGUUUAUGUGAGUGCACUUAAAAAAUCCCAAAAGCUCUCUAAUUUUUCUGAUUCUGAUUUUUCUGUGUCUCUGAAACAAAAUCAAUAGAAGAUGAGAUGAUUCAACAGUUCUUAAAAAACAGGCUUUUGGUAGCCAAAAUGGAAAUAAUCAAAGUUAGAUCAACCUUUGUAAACUAUAAUCUAAACUUCUGGGGCCUAACCUUCCUAUUAUGUCAAGCAGAGAUGACAGCACUACAGAUAAAACUCUUCAUAUUUAUUCUAAACAUCAUUCUGCACAAAAGCUACCUGAAUUAAGUAAUACUGCAGAUGAAAAACAAAACAAUGGUAAGUCAGAACAUGCCACUGGUGUGGU